CUACUCAGGGACGUGCUCAGUGGGCGAAAUAUUCACAAUUUUUCUUUUUACCUACAAAAUAAAAAUAAUAAUCAGCAUCCUAUUUAUUUAUGUUUUCACUAUCUUAGACUGCUGGGUUUGUUGUGAAGUAAUUCAUCAUACCACCAAUUGUGAGAGUUUAUUUAGAUUUUUGGAGUCCUUUCAGUAGUCCAAUUAUGGCUGAUCAGACAUCAACAUUAGCGGUUAUUAUUUUGGCCGUCGGAAUUUCUGUACAUUUCUCCUUACACAAAGUUGAAGAAGGAUAUGUUGGUGUUUACUACAGGGGUGGAGCAUUACUCCCAGUUACAAGUCAACCUGGUUUUCACAUGAUGAUCCCAUUGUUGACAACUUACAAGGCUAUACAGACAACUCUACAAACUGAUGAAGUAAAAAAUGUGCCGUGUGGUACAAGCGGCGGUGUAAUGAUAUACUUUGAGAGGAUAGAAGUUGUCAAUAAACUGGAUCCCAAUAGUGUUCUAGAUGUGAUACGUAACUUCACAGCAGACUAUGACAAGACACUGAUAUUUAACAAGGUCCACCAUGAGUUGAAUCAGUUUUGCAGCGCCCACACUCUGCAUGAGGUGUACAUUGCACUCUUUGACCAGAUAGAUGAGAACCUUAGUACUGCUCUCCAAAAUGACUUGAAUGAACUGGCACCAGGUCUAAAAGUGAAGGGAGUUCGUGUGACAAAACCGAAGAUUCCAGAAAUCAUACGGAAGAACUAUGAGCUUAUGGAGGCUGAGAAAUCAAAGUUUCUUAUUGCAGAACAACAUCAAAAGGUUGUUGAAAAAGAAGCCGAGACUGCUCGGCGGAAAGCUGUGAUUGAAGCAGAAAAAGAAGCUCAUGUUGCUAAAAUUCAGUUUGAACAAAAGAUCAUGGAAAAAGAAUCUAUGCAGAAAAUGGAACUCAUCCAAGACAGCAUCCACAAAGCAAAACAGCAAACAAAAUCUGAAGCCGAAUUUUAUCAUCUAAAGAAGCAAGCAGAGGCGAACAGAGUGCUUUUAACAAGAGAGUAUUUAGAACUUAAGAAAUACGAGGCCCUCGCGUUAAAUAAUAAAAUCUAUUUUGGUAAUGACAUCCCCAAAAUGUUCCUUCAAGCAAAUGUGGGGGAAACUGUGCAAAUGCCACAAAGUGUGCAGGGCGAAUAAAUGAAAGUUUGGAAAUAAAACCGUGAACUAGUCAUUGAAAUGUUAAAAAAGUUCUCAGGCACUAAAUAUUGUUGUCUGUGUAUUUAACUAAGUGAGUGGGGUUAGAUAAAUGAUUAUUUAUUGUAAUGGUUUUUUUUUUUUUUUAUGGUAAAGACAUUCUUUACAAUUACAUUUCUAUAGUUUCAUUUAGUCUUAGCAGGCCUGUAUCAUUGUUUUAGAUGUACCCUUUUAUAGUAAAAUCAUGUAGAAACUUUCACUUAAAAACUGGCCAAUUUUGCUUUGACAGUUUUUGAAUUAUUGAUAAAGAAAAUUAUAAGGGCUUUAGGCCCUUUAAAUUUAGUCCAAUAUUCAAUAAAAUACCAAAGUUAACCAUAAUGAUUGAGUUUAAAGUUGAAUUUGCAAAUGCAACUAGGUUCUUGAAUUGAGUGCCAAGAAGUUGUAUUUGGCACUCAUUAAGUGGGUAAAUUUUUUGGUCUCUAAUUGUGCAUCCAAUUUUUAAUAGGAGAUCAAUGGAUGUACCAGUGUUUUAGUAUAAUUAUGUACAGAAACUCCUAUCCCUUAUAAAUGUUGUGUGCUAGUAAAAUAAUUGUUAAUAUCUCUUACAUGUGUAAUUAAAUAAUAUUAAGAAAAUGUGUGGAAAAAAGUGUACUUUUUGUAUGAGGGUUAAUAAAACUCAUUAAUUGUAAUGAAAAAA